GACAGAAGGGCAAAGUCAGAACAACCUGCGGCGUGGCUGCGCCCUAGAAAAACAACUGACCAGCAUGGCCCUGUCUUGACCAGAGUCUAAUGAAGAGUCGCCAACCAAUACUACGAGCAUUGACAGCGACUGAGGCCGAGACCGACGUCCCAAGCUGUCCGACGUCCUCUUGGUCCUCCCCAGGCUGCCCCCUCCAAAACUGCGCCUGGCCAACAACACUCGUUCCCGCUCAUCCUUGCCACUAUGCAUUCCACCACAACAGAUCACACGACACCGCCACACACCCUCGACACACACCUCCAACCCCACGGUUUAGUCACGGCACCAGAACCACCUUGCAUGAGCCACACCUUAUUCGUCCCUCCUCUUAUCGAUGUCGUCCCGAGUCCAUGAAUUGAAUUGACAGCCUUGUCUCGACUUGCAGGAUUCCGUGAUGAGUGAUCUGCAGAAGUCCUUUGCCCGAGCACGCUUGUCUCAUCUCCCUCCAGAGCCACCGACCCUUGUAGAUGAGCAAGAUGAAGAAGGCGACGAUUUGACGGCGCUGAGGCCAGGGUCUCCAAAUGAUUCCUCUUCCUCGGCCUCUUCAGCAUCCUCUACGGGUACUAUUGUCCCGUCGCCUAGCCGGAAUCUGUUUGAGAAACCUAGGAGUGCUGGCAUAAGAUCUCGUAACGCACCUCUUCCUUGGGAUGAUUUCUUUACCCAAGACCUUGCUUUCGAUCAAACGACACCCUCAGAGACAAUCCAUCAUCACGUCUAUCUGACUCCUCCUUCCGUUUCCGGCCCGCUCUUCGUUACGCAUCAUGGGGCUGGCUCCUCAGGCUUGUCAUUUGCUGCCUUCACUAUAGAAUUGCUGAAAGUCCUUCCAAAUGCCGGUGUUCUCUCAUUGGACGCACGGGGACAUGGACAGACGACAACGACGACUUCAUCGGGUAGCUCCCCUCCCUCCCAAGACCUCAGCUUAACCACUCUAGCAGAGGAUGUGGCCUUCGUCGUCAAUGCUGUCAAAGCAUAUAUGAAAUGGUCAACCUUGCCAGAUAUCGUGUUGAUCGGCCACAGUUUAGGAGGUGCCGUUGUGACCGAAGUGGCCCACGAGAGACUUCUCGGCAACGCCUUACUAGCAUAUGGUGUCCUCGACGUAGUAGAAGGUUCGGCUAUGGACGCCCUGAAAAGCAUGGACACCUAUCUCUCCACGAGACCCAAGUCCUUUCCUUCACUUGCUUCAGGCAUCGAGUGGCACACUAAAUCUCGAACGAUUCGGAACACCACCUCGGCUCGAGUGUCGGUUCCGUCCCUGCUUCAAGAAUCCAAAACAACCAAAGACACAUGGUUCUGGCGGACUGAUUUAGCUGCUACCAAACCGUUCUGGGAAGAUUGGUUUGUCGGUUUGUCCAAGAAGUUUUUGGAGUCUCGAGGAGGUAAAUUACUCCUGCUGGCUGGGACGGACCGACUUGACAAGGAGCUCACAAUUGGGCAGAUGCAAGGAAAAUACCAACUUCAAGUGUUUCCCGAGGCCGGCCAUUUCAUACAAGAAGAUCAACCAGCCAAAACCGCUCAGAUUGUGGCGGACUUCUACAAAAGGAAUGAUCGCACCGGACUCGUCCUGCCUCCAAAGGUCGACGACCUGAUCAAGCAGGGGAAGCUGAAACCGGCCGGCAUAAAAUGAAUCCGCUGUUGCAAAUCAAAAGAGAAUCAGAGACUGAAGGUUGGUGACAACUCGUGCCAUUUUCAAGACCGACACAUUUGCGGAGAAAACAAAUGUUCGCCGUCCCCGACUCUCCGGCUCUGAUUUCACAGCUCUCGGUUCUUUCUUCUCUCGUCGGAAAUGUGAUAUAGAGUUAGACUCGCAAUUCAACUGCCAGGACGGAGCCAGAUACGAAGGAUGGCCGUUUAUAAUCCCGGCGAGAGCUGCGACCUGCGCCUGAGUCGGAAAUGGCUUUGCAACAAGGGGAUUGGAACAGUCGAAGGACGAUCAACUGGGAAGAUCAUGCUUUCAUCACAGUCCACAGCUCAUCCACGCAUAUUUGGGAGAGGAGAAGUCGAGAUCACCAGUAGAGUCGAGUCCAUUUGGUCUCUUGAUAGACUGUCCAAUAGGUAUUAUACUGAUCGAUCCUUACCUCUUA